GGCAUAUAUGAGAUAAUCCAGCUUAGGGGUCAACAGUUGGCACGCGACCGGAGGAUCGAUCCUACCUCUCAGAUAAGGCAACAAAAACAUGUUUUAGCUUCGAUUAAACUCCUCCUCAUCACUCACUCCACAAACAAAGCAUUUCACAAAUCAUGAAUACCCUUUUCCUCACAGUUUUCCUUUUCCUCAUCCCCAUCUUGCUUCUCUUUGCAAGGAGAAAAAGAUCACCAAAAAGGGUUCCUCCAGGCUCAUUAGGAUUACCCAUAAUCGGCCAAAGCCUCGGUCUUCUCCGAGCCAUGCGUGCCAACACCGCCGAAAAAUGGCUUCAACAAAGAAUCGAAAAGUACGGCCCAGUUUCAAAGCUUAGUCUCUUUGGCAAACCAACGGUCUUCAUUCAUGGACCUGCUGCAAACAAGUUCAUAUUCGCCAGUGAUGACAGCACCAUUUCCAGUCAACAAGUUGAGUCUAUCCGUCUACUUUUGGGUGACCGGAAUAUACUGGAGCUGAGCGGCGACGAUCACAAGCGCGUCAGAAGUGCUCUUAUGUUGUUCUUGAAGCCCGAGUCACUCAAGCAGUAUGUGGGAAAGAUGGACCAAGAAAUCAGGAGACACCUUGAGAUGCAUUGGCAUGGCAAGCAACAAAUAACUGUCUUGCCCCUGAUGAAAAACCUCACAUUCAACAUAAUAUGCUCCCUACUUUUUAGGCUUGAACGGGGAACUCGCAGAGAUGAACUCUUGGAGUGUUUCCAAAAAAUGAUAGAAGGAAUGUGGUCAGUCCCGGUUAAAUUGCCCUUCACGCGUUACAGCCAGAGCCUCAAGGGAAGCAAGAGGGUCCAAGACAUAAUCAAGGAACUCAUAUCGGAAAAGAGGGUAGAACUUGAGCGAAAAACUGCUUCUCCCCUCCAAGACCUUAUCACUUGCUUGCUUAGCAGUCGAAGUGAUGACAAUGGAGAGGUUAUGACUGAAAAGGAGAUCCUGCACAAUGUUAUGUUAGUGAUGGUCGCAGGUCAUGACACUUCAUCUAUUGUGCUUACUUUUCUAUUGCGGCUUCUCGCUAAUGACCCUGUUGUACACGCAACCGUUCUUCAAGAGCAAGAAGAAAUAGCUAGAAGCAAAUCCUCGGAAGAGUUGACAUGGAAAGACCUUGCCAAGAUGAAGUACACAUGGAGAGUUGUUAUGGAAACGAUGAGAAUAACUCCUCCUAUCUUUGGUGGCUUCCGGAGUGCAUUGAAAGACAUCGAGUUUGAUGGAUUUCUCAUCCCCAAAGGGUGGCAAAUAUUCUGGGCUAUGCCUAUGACUCAUAUGGACGAUAACAUAUUUCCGGAGCCAUCCAAGUUUGAUCCGAAUAGGUUUGAGAACCAAGCAUCAACUCCACCUUACAGCUUUGUUCCAUUUGGAGGAGGACCUCGAAAAUGUCCGGGAUAUGAGUUCGCCCGGAUCGAAAUCCUUGUUGCAAUCCAUUAUAUUGUAACUCAGUUCACAUGGAAGCUAUGUGCAGACAACAACUUCAGUAGAGAUCCGAUGCCAGUACCCACUCAAGGACUACCCAUAAAAAUCAUCCCAAGAAAGCUUGUUAACUAAUAAGAGUUGUUGGCCCAUUCUCUAACAGGUUAAGACUUUGGACCCUGUUGUUAUCCAAUGGUGUUAUCCAACUUAAAUAUUUAUAAUGCUUGUCUAGAAUAUUGCAAAAAUAAAGGACCCAUAUCAUGUCUUAGUAGUACAACUCUAUUAGCCGUGAAUGAACAUUUGAAAUAUGUAAAAUUCUACCACUUAAUAUAUUUUGAGAAAUUGUAUGUUAA